UUGAUCACGCCUGAGAUUUGCAUUGAUUGAACAUUGGCCGAACACCGCAAGUACGCAGGCCUCACUGUAGCCUCUUGAACUGUAAUCCGCCUGUUCAGAAAUUGGUGUGCUAGUUGCUGCGCUUUAAGAAAUGGCCUUUGCCCAGUUUUUUGUCCUUGCCUUUUUGCUGGUUCCUGCAUUACCGUUCUGCCAUUACAGCCAAAUUCGAUAUAGCGCAUUUGUAUUCCUGUCUCCAAACUUCCUGCAGAAAAGAUCAUCAACCAGACGCAAACUAACUAACUCCAGACCGAACCUUCCCAAAUGACAGCUGCGCACCUCACGUCAGGCGAAUCCUUUCAAAGGUUCCAUCCGCAAACAUUCGGAAUUGAACUUGAAUUUAUCGUGCAAUAUGACCCAGCACGUUAUGUGCCAUCCAAUCUUGCCAGUCAUGGUGAAAAUUACAGAAACGUCUACGAGCAUAUGACCCAUGUCCUGCAUUCGGCAGGAUAUCCCGUCAAUACGCCUCAGAUCCCAUUCGAUGAGAGCUAUGGGACAACCUUUCCAGUGCUAGGCUCGCCAUUCGACACGCCUGCUCGUUGGACCAUAGCCUAUGAUCCAAGCAUCAAAGCAAAGCCAAAGAAGUCACAUAUUGUGGAAGCCGAUAUCGACCUUAGACGUGAAGACCCAAUACAAACCCAAACACUCUCAGAAAGUGCCGUUUCUGGCGACGGAAGCAACAAUGACCGUCGAAGUCAUAUACGCCCUAUUCGCUCGUUCAAACCUAGAUACGCCGGCAUUGAGCUCAAAUCCCCUAUAUUGCCCGUCAGUCAAGAGUCAUUCGAAAUCAUUCGUGAAGUGGUAAUGUUACUAAAACGAAAAUUUAGUCUGCAUUGCAAUCUAUCGACCGGAUUUCAUGUUCAUGUCGGAUAUGGUCAGCACGGCAUACCUCUCCGAACUUUACAGAAUUUGGCGCAAGUAGUGACUAUUUUCCAGCCGCAGAUUGAUUCCUUACAUCCACCAUCACGCUUGGACAAUCACUGGUGUCGCCGGCCGUUGGAUAAUUUGGAAGACGAAAGCUUUGAUAGGCAUCUCAGGAAUGCUCUUCCUGUGAUUCCGCCUCGCCCCAGAAGAUACAAUUUCCAACCUGAGGCAGAGCGACGAUCCUUCGAAAGAGGAAAUUAUGGAAGCCAGAAUUGCGUCUCCGAAUCCAGCUCCCCGAUCAUUGAUACCAAUGGCGUUUAUGGUAAUCAAUUUGCAUCGUUCUCCGAGGCACGAACAACACGAACAGCCAGCCAAGAAUGUACUCCAUCUCGUCUCCUAACACGAAGGAACCAACAUCUUUCUAUGAAGACAAAGGCCUUCGCGCUAGUUCAGAUAUUGGAAGACGUUGCCAAUGUCGAGCACUUAAUGGCGCUGAUGCAUCCCGACGAGGAAAGAUACCACGCAUACAAUUUCAAAAGUCUCGACAAACACCGCACUGUGGAGUUUCGCCAACAUGUUGGGACCUUGAAUGCUGAUCGAAUUAUCGCAUGGGCCGAGUUUGUUACUGGCUUGAUUCGUUUCUGCAAUAGGGUUUCUGCGGAAGCCGCAUUCAGACUCUUGUCUAAAUUUGGCCCGGCACGGCUGAGCUUGAAGCAGAUCAAAUGCAAGGGCACGACCGACGCCGGCCAGGAAGACGAUGACGAUGAAGAUUCCACACGGACCGCACAGCCUCUUCUCCCUGCGAGAUCGUUUAGUUUCUUGGAUCUCUGCUGUGUCAUCCGCAAACCCCACCUGGUUGAUUUCUAUCGCGGUAAGCUUUUCCGGCAUACAUGAUGGCAUAUCUGUGUCUAACAAGGAAGUUGCAAGAAGAUGGGAACAGGGAUUGUUGUGUUAGAUACCACAGAUGGUAUGAUUUAUAUGAAAGCAAAGGUACCGCAGGGAAGUGAUACCCCAUUAGACUGUUAGGUGUUGGUGUCCUGUGUCGGUUUUAUUGUCGGAUAUACAUUUGCAUUUAUUGUUUAUGCUUGAAGUCUUUUUUGGAGGAGAUUUGACCAUCGCAUUUGGAUAUAUAAUUCAGCAUAAUUUUGUAGAUUUUCCAUUCAUGGAUCAUUCCUUUGUUUUCCGCAGUUUAUAGACAAUGCAUGUUCAUCGUUGAGGAUCGCAAGAGGAGCCCUGGAUUAACGUCAUGAGUAAAUGGAAUUCCGAGUGAGAUUCCAUAGCAAGUAAGUUGACUACUGGGCUUGAAUUGGAAGCAAAAACACGUGGACUGAAUUACUGAUUAGGAAAUCCAAUAUUAG